UCAACGGGUACUGAUUCGUUGUAGCUAUUGAUUGCCCAGACUGAAAACUCAUGCUUGUGUAGUAGAUUUAAAUCGUUCGGACAAUUAAGGAGAAGGCAGCGUUCUGGACUGACCGCUCCUAAAUAUACUGACCAAGACAAGGGUGGGUCAACAGUACCGCACCAUGGAAGGCGGUGCGAUGAUGAGGACCGUUUUCGUGAUAUGUUUCUUCUUGUGGGUUGCGGAGGCACAAGAAUGUCAACCACUGGAUAGUAUCUCAGGAAAUACAUUGACCGUUCAAGUACCAGAGGCAGACACACAAACUCUUUUGACUAACAAUCCAGACUUCUACACAAAGCAGAUACGAAUAGGUGGAACCUUCAACUCGAAUGGACUGAGUUUGCAGCUAUCACAGGGGACUGCAACAUUUAAUCCAAAUACAUAUUUUGUAUUCAGAAGUGCUCCAAAUACCUUUACUGGAAUUUAUAUCCGUCUCAUUCAGCCUGUUGACAGAGAUGGAAAUUCUUUUUCAGCACUUGGAGUGGGUAGUAGCGAAACCUUUACUCUCACCUGUACGGCAGCCUCAGGAACUCAGAGAACCUACUCCUUAGUGGUGCAGUUUUUGGACCAGAAUGACAACAGUCCCAUUUUUCAAAACACCCCUUAUGCAGUAUCUGUCAAUGAGUUGACACCUAUUGGACUGACAGUCUUUCAACAAAUCACUGCUACAGAUGUUGAUCAAAGCACCAAUGGUCAAGUAACAUUCAGUUUUGUUGCUGGCGAUGGCACAAUUACUGAUGGCAGCAGAUUUUUUGCCAUAAACCCCACCACAGGAGCUGUUACUGUCAAAGAGACUCUGGAUUAUGAGGGAUUAACUAACCAAAACAAGCUGUAUACUAUACAAGUGCAGGCCACAGACAAUCCAAUCAAUUCAGCAGAGAGGAGAACCUCCACUCAGUUCUUCACUGUGACCAUUAUAGAUGGGGAUGAUUUGGGUCCCGCCUUUGAAUAUUCCACUUGUUUUCGAUACCUUGGUUACUGUUUUGAUCCCCGAUACACAAGUAGUGCGACAUCAACAUCACUGAAUACACAAUUACUUGUCUUCCCUUACCCUCCUCAAACUCCAUUUAAUCAAGCAGUGACAAUUCAAGCCAGGGACAAGGACACGCUGAACGCUGCUAUUGUGUUUGAUAUUGAGACAACUGUGCCAAGUGGUUAUGCAUCCUUCUUUUCUGUGCAAACUCAACAACAGACUGGGUCAAAUUUCUACUCGGCAUUUAUUACCCAGACACAGAGCAUUAACAGAGCCAGCGUUGGUGGCACUUUGAAGCUUGUUUUACGGGCCUCUGAAGAAACUGGACAUCGGCGAAGUACUCGUGCCACUGUCGAUAUCACAGUGAGUGGCACUAAUAAUUUUGACCCAGUUGUCACAAGCUCUAGUGGGAAUUUUAUCGGAACAAUCAGUGAGGAUGCUGAUGCAGGAACUCCACUGAGAUCUCAGGGCAGCACAAAUACUCUACAGUUGAUAGUGACUGACCAAGACGUGUUACCUGGAGAUCCUGACCCAACCUACCUCUUUGUGCCUGAUACCAACUUAUUUACUGUAAAUAGUAAGGGGUUCAUUUCCUUGGUCAGCGCAGGUAAUCUGGACUACGAGACCAAUUCACAAUUUACUUUUACGGUUGUUGUGAGGGAAGCUAGCACAUUAGAGAGACGUAGUACCACAGCUACUCUGACCGUGAAUGUUGCCAAUGCCAAUGAUAAUGCCCCGGCAUUUCCAGCUGCCGCCUAUCAAUCGACCAUCAGUGCAGGAGGAUACACGCCCAGCAAUGGCGUCACGGUGGCCACGGUACAAGCGACAGAUGCAGACACAGGAAUAUUUGGACAGGUGUCCUACUCUAUAUCUGCCGUCAGUAACUCCAAAAAUCCCAACGACAACGCAAUUUCCAAGUUCCGUAUCAGUGGUACACUAGGAGUGGUGGACUGCAUCGGAAGUGUGUCUGGAGACGAACAAUACACAAUAACUGUCAGAGCUGCUGAUGGUGGCACUGGUCUCGAUCAAAGGUUUGCUACAACGGUAAUUGUGGUGGGUGUCACUGGAACUGCCGUAAACCAAGGCCCUUCCUUUACAGCUGGUACUUACAAUAUCCGAGUCAGUGAGGGAAUUCCUGUUGGCAGCUCCGUGUUUGCAUCACCAGCUUCCGACCCAGAAGGAAACACAUUAACAUAUGCCAUGCAAGACAUUUCCUUCAACAAUAUCCAGAUUUCUGACUUUGUCAUCAACGCCACAAAUGGGAUAGUUUCAACACGAAACACUUUGGAUCGGGAAGGGAGACCAAACUAUGUCAUCAUUUUGUUUGCAAGAGAGACAUCUACAAGCAGGAGUGCCACGGCAACCUUGUCAAUUUCUAUGAUGGACAUCAAUGACAACAAUCCACAGUUCCUGAACAAUCAACUAUAUUCAUUCAGUGUUCAAGAAGGCCAAGUCAACCAAGUGGCUGUUGGAACAGUGACUGCUGUAGAUAAUGAUGAAGCGGGAACACCAAAUUCCGCUCUUUCGUACUCUAUUCAACCACUGCCACCCAGUACCUUCCAAAACCAAUUUACGAUCAAUAGCAACACGGGGGCAAUAACAACCCUCCAGCCCUUGGAUUAUGAAACUCAGAGAACUUACUACUUUUUGGUCCUGGCCAGAGACAGUGCUGUUGACAGUAGAACGGGCACUGCCACUGUCACUGUCAAUGUUCAAGACAUCCAGGACAGUGUGCCAAUUUUCACAGAGACAAAUUAUGCUGUGUCUGUCCCUGAGAAUAACGUUGUCAGCCAGAGCAUCCUGCAAGUUGUGGCUGCUGAUGCUGAUGCAGUUCCCAACAUUCAGUAUGUCAUCAUUAAUGGAAACAACCAGGGUGCUGAUGGCUUCGCUUUCACAGUAGAUGGAUCAGGUCGAAUUUUCUCCAAAAAUUCUCUUGACUUUGAGACAAAGCAGUUCUACCAGUUUUUGGUGACUACUACUGAUGGUCAAAACACGGUCAUUACUAGUGCCACAGCCACAGUACAGAUCACCGUUCUGGAUAGAAAUGACUUCCGCCCACAAAUUUCUGUAUCACCAUCUACAUCAAUAAAUGUGCCGGAGACUGCCAGCAUCAACACUGAAAUUGCCAACUUUGAUGCGACUGACAAUGACACUCCAAACACUGAUAACAGCCGUGUGGACUUUGCAAUUGCUGGUGUGAAUCCAACCUCAGGCAACGGUUUGUUUUACAUUAAUCCUUUCAAUGGUGUGCUGUACCUGCAAAAUAUCUUCACCUCAGAUGUGAACAGGCCAUCAUCUUACCAGGUGACAGUAACGGCAACAGACAGAGGGACACCUCAGCAAAGUGACUCUGCGACAGUCACAGUUAACCUAAUCCGAAACACGCAGAGCCCUGUAUUCACCAACUCGGGUCAGUAUGCUAGAACUAUUGCCCAGAAUCUGAAUGUUGGAGGCAGCGUGUUCACUGUCGCGGCGACUGAUGGAGACACAGUGGCGCCCUACAACACGAUCACUUACUCAGUCAUUGGAGACGGUCUAGCCAUUUCUUACUUCAGCAUAAACGCAAAUAGUGGCCUUAUUUCUGUGAGAGAUACUUUGACAAAGGACAACUCAGCAUCCUAUACUCUGCGAGUGAGAGCGACUGAUGGCGGAGGACGGACAGGGGAUGCCACGGUGUUUAUUUCUGUCACCAGAAACUUGCAGACCCCAGAAUGGUUACAGACGUCCUAUGUUCAGUCCAUUGCUGAGAACUACGCUCUUGGACAAGCCAUUGUCAACCUGCAGGCUCGGGAUACAGAUGCACUGUCUCCGUACAACCUGCUGACUUAUUCCAUUAUUGGAGACAGCCAGGCCUUGCAGUUCUUUCAGGUAUCCAGUGUAGGGGCUGUUUCUCUUCGUCAGUCUCCAACUCAGACCAGCCAAUCUUUGUUCUCGAUAAGAAUAAGUGUAAGUGACCAAGGUCAACCUCCAAGGACAGCCACUAACCAGGCAGUCGUGAAUAUCACCAUCAUCAGAAAUCAACAAGCUCCCAUCUUCUUCAACUCCGAAUACAGUGUGACUAUUCAGGAGACGGCCUCCAUCGGCAGUAACGUGCAGACUGUCUCAGCCUCUGAUGCGGACACCAGUUCACAGUUCAACCAGAUUUCAUACAGUAUUAUAGGAGAUGACACAGCUCCCAACUUCUUCCAAAUCACUUCUAGCACCAGUUCUGGAACAGGGUUUACAGCUCAAGUUACAGUCAGAGCUAGUCUACAGUCCGAGCCGACAGAUUUCUACAGGAUAAGGGUGGUGGCUGCAGACAAUGGAUCCCCUCCAAGAUCGGCAACAGCUAUUGUUUAUGUGACUGUUCGCAGGAACUUCUUUUCUCCAGUCUGGACGCAGCCAAGUUUUCAGGGGAGUGUGUUGGAAACCCAGGCUUUAGGUGUAGGGAUUCUACAGGUCACAGCCACGGAUGCUGAUUCUCAGCCUCCAAACAACCAAGUUGUAUAUGCACUGAAUGCCACAAACACCUACUUCCAAAUCGACUCCAACACUGGAUCCAUAUCUGUCAAAGUUCCCUUAUAUACGGACAACACCGACCCAUCUCAAUACACUUUGUUUGUGAAGGCCUCUGACAGGGGAAUACCAUCCCUGACUGCAAAUUCUUUGGUGCAAGUGUUUAUAAAUGUUUUCCGUAACAACAAUCCACCCAGAUUUGUCAAUGCGCCUUAUACAACCACGAUUUCCCGGGACACAACAGUAAACAACAAUAUCUACCAAGUGUCAGCCGUGGACAACGACAAUAACCAAUUUGGAACUGUUUCUUAUGCCUUGGUUGGGGCCGAUUCAGGAAGUAAUUUCUUCACUAUUGAUCAGUCCUCCGGACAAGUGAGAUUGACUUCAACCAUAUCCAAUGAUUUCAACACUGUCUACAGGCUUUUGGUGCAGGCAUAUGACAAUGGAUACCCUGCCCUGUAUGAUACUACAGUUUUAACAGUUAAUGUCAACAGAAAUCUCCUGGCUCCUACCUUCAAUCAACCAAAUUAUAAUGUUACCAUCUUGGAAUCGCAAACCCUUGGGGAUACGAUUGUUUCGGUGGUCGCCACGGAUCCAGACUCUCUGACUGGUAGCAACAAUGUGGAAUACAUAGCGUCGGGAACAACACAGGCUUUGAAUUAUUUCAACCUGAACCCCACUACAGGACAAAUAUCAGUGAAGCGACCACUCACUGAAGACACCAACACUUUCACCAACAACCAGUACCAGAUGACGAUUACUGCCCGAGACUUUGGUACUCCAAGGCUACAGACAACUAAUCCGAUCACUGUGACCAUCUUUGUGAUCAGAAACCAGUUUAGUCCAGUCUUUCAGAGUCUGCCUUAUGCCAGGAAUAUGCAGCAGACGGUGUCUGCGGGAACGAGUGUGUUCCAGGUCACAGCCACUGAUGCCGAUACCAGGACCCCAUACAACCAGGUGACAUACAGCAUUGUGUCCCAGAGUAACAACGUGAACUUGUUCAGCAUACAACAGGAUGGUGUCAUUAGGAUCUCCAACACAGUGACAUCCAGUUCUGAUGCCCAGUACACAAUACUGGUGAUGGCAGCAGAUGGAGGCUCUCCCAGUCGUAUUGCCUAUGCAUCUGUGGUGCUGACAGUCGACAGGAACCUGAAUACACCAUUCUGGAUCAAUCCUGGUGCUGGUGUCAACUAUCAGACAACAGCUCAGGUGUUGGAGACUCAGGGCUUUGGGACAACUAUCUUCCAACUCUCGGCCUCUGACCAGGACUUUGCUGCUCCUUAUAAUACUCUUGUCUACACGCUUGUUGGAGAGAAUCCAGGACCACUCUACUUCCAAGUGGGUGUGAAUGAUGGCAGAAUUACCCUGAGGUCAUCACUUUAUCAGGAUACUGUCAACAACCAGUACAAGCUGAUUGUCAGACUGAGUGAUGGUGCUGGACGGGUGGCUGCACAGAGCGCCACAGUCACUAUCAACGUCGUUCGAAAUCAAAAUACUCCAUUUUUUGUCAAUGAGCCUUACUCGCGCCUCAUUCAGGAGAACUUGCCAACUGGGACAUCCAUAUAUCAAGUGACAGCUCGUGAUGCAGACGCAACUAACACCUUUGAACGCGUACAAUAUGAAGUCAUCGGAGAUGGCUCUGCACCUGUGUACUUUGACGUGAAUCAGGUCACUGGAGCAAUUAUCACAAAGCAAUCAUUGUCCAGCCAGUCAGCUGCUAUCUAUUAUCUGCGCAUUCGUGCUUAUGACAAUGGAAUUCCAAGCAGGAGCAACACCAGUUUAGUGGUUAUUACGAUUAAUCGUAACCUGAACGCGCCAGUGUUUGUACAGACCACUCUCUCCGCCAAUCUGCCAGACAGCAAUGCUCUUGGACAGACUCUGAUUACAGUCACAGCCAAUGAUGCGGAUACUGCAUCUCCAUAUAAUGAUGUACGCUAUACACUUAAAGGAAAUGCAGUUGCCCAAGAAUUUUUCUAUGUGGACUCUGUAUCGGGUGCAGUGUCCCUGAGGAAGGCUUUAUCCUCUGACACACAACAAAACCAGUUCUACCAGUUGACAAUUGGAGCCUUUGAUUUAGGAACUCCCAGUCUCAGUGCCAACAUUGAUGCUACAGUUACCGUUACUGUUGUUAGGAACUUGCAGACUCCAUACUUCGUGCAGUCAAACUAUGUGACAACCAUUAAUGAGAAUCGGGGGGUUGGCACCUCCAUUCUGCAGGUUUCUGCUCGGGAUGAUGACACAACUUCACCUUUCAACGUGGUGACCUUGCGUGCUAUUGGAGAUGAUAGUGGACCUACCUACUUCAGCUUUGACACAAACACUGGUCAGAUCUCUAUCCGCCAGGACCUGAGGCUGGACACAGCAACCCUGUACAGAUUGAGAAUUGAAGCCAGAGAUGGAGGCCUUCCAGCCCUGAGUGCAACAGUACUUGCAGACAUUAACGUCAGGAGAAACUUGUUUGCUCCAGCAUUUUUAAAUCUGAGCUACGAAGUAACGAUUCCAGAGACAACAGGUGUUGGUAAUUCUAUCGUUCAAGUGCGAGCCACCGAUCAGGAUGUCAGAACACCACACAAUGUGACGGUGUUCACACUGUCCACAGAUUUCACGAACCAGUUUGCCAGGCAGUACUUUGAUAUUGAUUUUAACACUGGAUUUGUCUAUCUCCGACAGUCCUUACAGAAUGACAAUACCAACACAAACCGCUUCACACUUAGUGUUGUGGUGUCCGACACUGGGGUGCCAUCUCUCACAAGUUCACAGAGGGCAUCAGUUAUCAUUAAUGUGAUCCGUAAUCAGUUCCCACCAAACUUUAUAAGCACACCCUAUGCCACAACCAUCAAUCGAACCGUUCUCCAGGGCACAAAUAUAUUUACUGUAUCUGCAGUGGACCAAGACACCCAGGCGCCCUUCAAUACUGUGGAGUAUGACAUCAUUGGAGAUGACAACAGUGUGGUGUUUUUCAACAUUGACAGAAACACAGGAUUGAUACGACUGUCACAGACACUUUUCAGUGAAUCACAGACCUCGUAUAAUGUUCGAGUAAGGGCUAUGGAUGGAGGAAAUCCCCGCUUGUCUUCAUCAGCUGUAGUGGUUGUCACGGUACGGAGAAAUCUGGCAGCACCUGUGUUCAGACAGAGCAGUUAUGAAAUUACAAUUCCAGAAACCCAGUCUCCUGGCUCUCUCAUUCUGACAAUUCAAGCCGAUGACAGUGAUAUCAAUGCUCCACACAACACAUUUAACUACUUCUUCUCUGGAGUGAAUACCCAGUCAGACAGGUUCUCACUGGACUCCAGUACUGGACAGAUCUACGUCAGAAGAAUCCUUUCAGGAGAAACUCAGAAUACAUUCACGUAUAAUGCAUUCGCCAGAGACAAUGGUGUGCCCCAACUGACCAGCACCACCAUUCCAGUGACAAUCAAUGUACGACGGAAUCAGUUCCCGCCAAUAUUCCAGAAUGAGCCGUAUUCUCGUGCCGUCACUUCCUCGGUUGGAAUUGGUACCUCGGUGAUAACUGUCACUGCUACAGAUGCCGAUAACUUUUCCCCAUUCAAUGUUGUCACAUACUCUAUAAUUGGUGAUGACCAGGCACCCACAUUGUUUAACAUCAACCCAUCCACUGGUUUUAUUUCAAUGAGCAGCGGUAUAAAUAAUGAUGGCACAAGUUUCUACCAGAUCCGAGUGCUGGCAUCAGAUGGAGGUAAUCCUCCAUUGACAGAUACUACAGUUGUAUAUGUAAAUGUUACCAGAAACUUGUUUUCACCACUCUUCCAACCUACAACAUACAACAUUGCUAUCCCCGAGUCUGAGCCACUGGGCGAGACAAUCACUACAGUCAUCGCCACAGACAGCGAUGCCACAUCCCCAAAUAAUGUGGUAGAAUAUGCAUUGUCUGGAAAUAUGAACGCUCUCAAUUACUUCCGUGUGGACUCCCGAUCAGGCCAGAUAUCAUUGAUUCGUCCUGUGUCAGCUGACACCAGCAACCCCUCUAGUUACACUUUGAUUGUUACUGGGCGUGAUCUUGGCCUUCCCUCCCGAGCAGCACAAAACACUGCCACUGUAGUGGUCUCUGUAUUCAGGAACAAUAAUGCUCCCACCUUCAUCCAGACCCCCUACGCCACAACUGUGAACAAAAACACUGUAGACAAUAGUAACAUCUUUACUGUCAGUGCUGUUGACGCUGAUAAUCGGGCCCCAUACAAUACUUUGACUUUGUCCGUCAUUGGGGAUGACAACGCCCCAUCUCUGUUCUCUUUGACACAGAGUGGAAACAAUGGUGUCAUUCGAGUAGUAUCCAGUCAAAACCUUGCCUCAGAUACUGCCAAUUCUUACAAGUUGAGGGUCCUUGUUGUUGAUGGUGGCUCCCCACCCUUGACUGCCACAGCAACUGUAGACAUCACCGUCCGAAGGAAUUUGUUUGCCCCCCAGUUCCAAAAUUCCUUUAUCAGAGUGACCAUUAGUGAAAACCUGGUCGUCGGCAGCAACAUCACCUCAGUGAGAGCCACAGAUCAGGACGUGGAUUCCCCAAAUAAUGUGUUCCGCUAUGAGCUGAUUGGAGAUGGAGAUGGUCCUACAUAUUUCUUUGUCAAUCAGAAUGAUGGCACAGUAACCCUAAUCCGGAGUGUUCUAAAUACAGGAGCUAGUGGAUACAAUCUAAGAAUUCGAGCCAUAGACCAAGGAUUCCCACAGUUGUCAUCCCUUGCUACGGUGGAGGUGCUCAUCACACGUGUAACGGAAGUUUUGAGUUUCAUUCUUCCAUCUUACACACGCGUUAUUUCAGAAAAUACAGCCGUGGCUCUCACACAAGUCACUCAAGUAUCGGCACAACCCGGGCCUGAUGUUGUUUAUGAGCUAACAGGAUUUAGUGAUGGCCCAGAUUAUUUCAACAUCAGUUCAGCUUUUGGAGGAAUUUUUGUCAGAAAGGAUCUAAGAUUUGAUCUGAACAAGAAAAACCUGUAUUAUCUGCAAGUGAGAGCCACUAAGGUAAUAUCAGGGCAGAUGCAAACCGCUUUCGCUACUGUUAAUAUCACAGUGACACGUAAUGAGAAUGCUCCAGUAUUCACACAGAACAUCUAUGAAGUCACCAUUGCAGAAACAUCAGUCCUGGGCUCCAAUGUUGUCCAGCUCACUGCUUCAGAUCAAGAUACUUUGGAUACGAUUCGUUAUGACAUGGUGGCUGCUGUAGGACAGACGGAGAAGUUCUACCUAGGUCCAUUUACAGGCUUGAUCACCCUCAGAGCUGUGUUAACUAAUGAUGCCAAUAACAGAUAUCAGUUCAAUGUGCUAGCUCGGGAUCAAUCUAGCCCUGAAAGGACUGCCACAGCUACAGUUAUAGUAAACAUUCGACGAAGCAACUUCCCUCCUGUUUUCACGAGCACUCCAUACUUUACUGGUGUCAAUGUUGGAUCCGCCCUGGGAUCCACUGUAUACACUGUCACUGCCACCGAUGGAGAUCUCCUUGGCUCUAUUGUAUAUGAAGUGGACGGAUACUUAUCUGCUCCUGCCUAUUUUGAUGUUGAGAGAGCAACUGGAAGAGUUGUAAUCCGUAAUGAUUUCAGUUUGGAUGUCACCACCACAUAUGUUCUGGGAGUCAGAGCCUAUGAUACAGGUGCCCCCACACAAAUUGCACGUGAGAAUGUGACCAUCACUGUAAACAGAAAUCCAAGUCCUCCAUUUUUCAAUCCUGCCAGCUACAGCAGAACCAUUGAAGAAACUUUGGCUCCUGGCAGCAGUUUGGUGCAACUAUCAGCCACAGAUGCAGAUGGGCACAACUUGCGAUACUCCAGACUCUCUAUUACACCUACUGGAUUAGAAGAUUUCUUCUAUGUGAAUUUUGAUACUGGUUUGAUCACAGUAGCUAGAAUGCUGACCCAGACUCAGGUAAACUCCAUUCAGAUGACUUUCACCGUGACAGACAAUGGAAUUCCAGCUCGCUCCAGUAACGCUCCAGCCAUUGUGAGCAUCCAGAUAUUGAGGAACCAGUUUGAUCCAUUCUUUAUCAAUACACCGUACAUUACAACUAUCCAGGAGACCACUCCUAUUGCCACCAGCGUGCUCCGAGUCACUGCUUCUGAUCAAGACCAGAACACUGUAUUCUCCAACAUUACAUAUGCACUGAUCGGAGAUGAUACUAUGCCAUCGUAUUUCACUUUGAAUUCCAUCUCGGGUCAAAUUAGUGUCAGGGCAUCACUUACAGCUGAAAUCCGCGACAGCUAUCAGGGAAGAAUCGUAGCAUUUGAUGGCGGCUCACCACCUCGUAGUGCUACAGCAAUCGCCACAAUCAAUAUUCAGAGAAACCUGAACUCUCCCAUCUUUAACCCCUCUAGUUAUGAAGAAACAAUUUUGGAGACAUUACAAGCUGGAACCAGCAUUCUGCGUGUCACUGCCUCAGAUUCUGACAGGAGUUCACCAUACAAUGUUGUCCGAUACACAAUGUCCAAUAUAAACUCUGUUGCCUCCACGUACUUCACUGUGGACAGUGUCACUGGCUGGAUCACUGUCCGAGUACCACUGACGCUGGAUGCCGCCUCAAACAACAAUCGAUAUACAUUCAAUGUACAAGCUACAGAUCAAGGGAGCUCACCCAGAUCGGCCUCAUUACCUGCCACAGUGACAGUCAAUGUGAUCCGUAAUCAAUUCCCACCAGUCUUUAUUAACACUCCAUAUGCUACCAGUCUGCCUUUCACUGUAGCUGCUGGCUCCAGAGUGUAUGAUGUUAAUGCCACAGAUGCAGACACAAGGAGCCCAUUCAAUAUCAUCACAUACUCCAUCAUUGGUGAUGACAGAGCUCCGAAUUUGUUCAGCAUCAAUCCAUCAUCUGGUAUUAUUUCCACUUCAUCCCAAAGCCUGUUCUCAGAUCCCAACACCCUUUACACUGUUCGAGUGCUGGCACAAGAUGGGGGCACACCACAGAAAAGUGCCACCUCUACUGUGCUCAUAGCUGUAACCAGGAACCUGAACGCUCCCCAACUCCUCCAGCAGAACUACACUAUCAGUAUCUUUGAGACUCAGAACCUGGGAGAGUCUAUUGUGCAGAUUCAAGCCAGAGACCAGGAUAUAAGUGCUCCUUACAACACCCUGACGUAUACUUUGAUAGAUUCUCUGAACACUGGAUCCAUACUCACCAAAGAGUACUUUGAUAUUAAUCCUAGUGCUGGCUGGAUUUAUGUCAAGAAAUCUCUAACUCUGACACCAACAAACAACUUUGUGGCUGUUGUAGCAGUGAAUGACAAUGGAACGCCCCAGAGGUCUGCUGCUACCUUUUCGUAUGUGACAAUAAACAUUCAGCGGAACCAGUUUACUCCCUUCUUCAUCAAUGAGCCGUACAGGGUGGAUCUGGGUAACAAUAUUGGUAUUGCUACCAGCAUCAUUGACGUUACGGCCAGAGAUAAUGACGGCCCAGCCACACCAUUUGGACAAAUCACCUAUGACAUUAUUGGAGAUGAUUCUGCACCAAGCUACUUUGCCAUAAACUCAGCAUCAGGAAGAAUAAGCAUUUCACGAUCUCUUACCGAGCAAAGCAUUGAAGAGUAUAGGAUUCGUGUCCGUGCCAGAGAUGGUGGUGUACCAUUCCGAUUCAAUACGUCAGUGGUGAUUGUUACUAUGCAGAGAAACUUCCAGACUCCCACCUGGCAGGUACCCAGCUACAGCAAGACUGUUGUAGAGAGUCUGGGCCUGGGGACAGUCAUUCUGACUGUCAAUGCCAGUGAUGCUGACCCACUGCCCCCACACAAUACAGUCCGGUACUACAUCACGGCUGAUGCUGAAGAUCUGGAGUGUUUCUUAGUAAAUGAAGUCACCGGAGAUUUGGCUCUCCGACGCUCACUUCUAUACGAUCCGUGCAGGGCACAGGUCUUCAAUAUGAGAGUGACUGCAAGAGAUUUGGGCACUCCUCAACUGUCCAGUGUCCCUAUUGAGGUGUCCAUUUUUGUGGUGAGGAAUAACAACCCACCCGUAUUUUUGAAUCUGCCCUACACUACACAGAUAGAAGAAACGUCAAACAUUGGCAGAUUUGUGUACAGAGUUACCACAACUGAUGCUGAUGUUCAGACUCCAUUUAAUGUUGUGAAGUAUCGCAUUAUUGGAGAUGACUCGGCUACCACCUUCUUUAAUAUUGAUCAGAACUUUGGAAAUGUAACCCUGAAAUCCAGUGUGAACUUUGACACAACAUCUAAUUACAAGAUUCGCGUCCAAGCAUACGAUGGAGGACUGCCCUCCCUUUCGGCUACAGCCACUGUUGAUGUCUUGGUCCAGAGAAACCUUUUCGCUCCUGUGUUCUCUCCCCUGAAUUAUGAAGUGACAAUAAAUGAGAAUGCCGCUCUUGGUGUCCCAUUUGUCUAUGUCAAUGCCACCGAUGCUGACAUUAGGAGUCCUCACAAUGUAAUCCGGUAUGGAGCCACUGGUAGCUCUUCUGCUCUGGAGUUUUUCCAGAUUAACACGAUUGAUGGAGGAGUGUCGGUUAAAAAGGCGCUCACUACAGUCUCAAACAGAAACAUUAACCAGUACACGAUGACGGUGCUGGCAACAGAUCAAGGAGUCCCUAACCGAGUCAGCUCCCAGCAGGCAACAGUCCGCAUCAACAUCCUGAGGAACUUAAACUGUCCAGUGUUUAGUAACCUGCCCACGAACAUCAGUAUCAGCCAGUCCACUGGGAUAGGGACCCGCAUCUUCAAUGUAUCGGCUGUGGACCUGGAUACAGAUACCUCAUUCAGAGCCAUCACUUAUGACCUUAUUGGAGAUGAUAAUGCACCAGUGUACUUUAGAAUUGAUCCUAGUCUGGGCUUUGUAACACUCCAGACAGGCUUGUUCUCGGACUCAGGUGUCCAAUAUAAGUUACGAGUCCGGGCACGUGAUGGCGGUUCCCCUCCCUGCGAGACCUAUAGCGUUCUGACCGUAGCCGUCCGUAGGAACGAGUUUACACCUCGAUGGACUCCGUCAGCUGUGUACACUACCACCAUUCUAGAAACACACAACAUCCUACAGCCCGUCUACACAGUCUCAGCUGUUGAUCAGGACACCUCGUCUCCUAACAACAUCGUAAGGUACCAGAUUGUAUCUCAGACCCUUAACAGCGAUUUGUUCACGGUCAAUGACCAAACCGGUCAGGUGUAUCUACGCACUAAUGUCCUAGGCAACAACGUUAAUCAGUAUAAUGUGAGUCUUCUGGCUUACGAUCAAGGUUUCCCAUCUUUGGUCAGUGUUCAGGCUCUGUUGAUUGUGAACAUUCUACGUAACCAGAACCCACCAGUGUUCAUUAAUGAGCCCUACAGUGCAACAAUCAGUCAGAAUCAAGGCACGUUCCUGUCCAUUAUCACGGUCACUGCUAGAGAUGCUGACGUGACUAAUCCAUUCAACCAGCUGGAGUACAGUAUUAUUGGUGAUGAUGCAGCACCCACCUACUUCUCCAUUAACAAUGCUGGAGUCAUCAACCUGAGGCAGUCCAUUCCAUCAAUCAACACGGACAUCUACACUAUUCGAGUCUUGGUUCAGGAUGGCGGUAAUCCUCGCCUCUCUGAUGUGACAACAGUAACUGUAUAUGUGAACCGUAAUUUGUUCGCACCAUCUUUUGCCCCCACUCAAUACUCUCGGACCAUCCUUGACACCCAGACAGUGGGCGUGCCCAUCGUCAAGGUCACUGCGCUGGAUGCUGACACAACAUCGCCCCCUAACGUUGUGAGAUACUACCUUGGAUCGGAUGCCACUGCCUCGACCUACUUUUUGGUUGACUCGAUAACUGGAGAUGUUUUGCUUCGCCGAUCUGUGUACAACAUUACUUUGGGAACUCAAAACAUUAACUCCUUCAGUUUCAAAGUUUAUGCUAACGACCUUGGAACUCCCAGAAGGAACUCUUCCAAUACUGCUGAUGUUUUCAUCAACGUCAUCAGGAACAACUUCCCACCUCAGUUUAUCAACACUCCGUACUCUGUCAACAUUGCUGAAACUGUGGCUGGCGGAAGCUCCAUCUUCCAAACAACAGCAGUCGACCAGGAUACGAGUGCACCAUUUAAUACCAUUACAUACUUCCUAAUUGGAGAUGACUCCACCCCCACCUUUUUCUCUGUGGAAUCGAAUACUGGUUUGAUCAGACUGAAGACCAAUUUGGACUUGACCACUGACCGAGUGUCGACUUAUGUGGCCAGAGUGGUGGCCAGCGAUGGUGGAUUUCCAUCACGCAGUGCUACAGCAACUGUCCUUAUCAAUGUCCUGAGAAACCUCUUCUCUCCAGUGUUUUCAAAUAACAACUUCAUCCAGGUCUCCAUUUUGGAGACUGUGCCAGUUGGUACCUUCAUCACCGACCUCAAUGCCACGGAUGCAGACAAAUCAAGUCCUGAGAAUGUUGUACGUUGCAGGAUUGUUGGUGACAACACUGCACCCAGCCUUUUCUUCAUCAACUUUGAGACCUGUGUCAUUACGCUCUCUGCGUCUGUUCAGAACACUGGAGUGAAUUUCUACAGGAUUCGUGUUGAGGCGUAUGAUCAGGGAACGCCCCAGAGAAGUACAUUUACAUAUGUCGAGGUGACUGUGAUUAGAUCCCAGGGCACACUGGCAUUCACUCUGCCCUCAUAUGCUACAGUCAUCAGCGAAAAUCUAGGUGUCAACCAAAAUGUCAUCACCACCUUCGCACAACCAGGGACACCAAGAUACAGUGUCCGAGGAGUGAAUCCAGCCCCAACCUACUUCACAAUUAAUCAGAAUUCAGGUGCCAUAACUGUCAUUCGAGAUCUCAAGACAGACCCAGCCAGACUACAGUUCUAUCAGCUUGCUGUCCGAGCCGUGUCAGCUGACCAGCUGUCUACUGCCGAUGCUACUGUCAACAUCACUGUCACUCGUAAUGAGAAUGGCCCGUUCUUUUCAUCCAGUAUUUAUCAACAGACUAUUGUGGAUACCACCCCCAUUGGAAACUCAGUGCUACAAGUGACAGCCACUGAUCUGGAUCAGGAUAUUCUAGAAUACAGAAUUACCACUGUGUCCAAUGUCACAGACUUCUUCUAUUUAAAUCCAAGGACUGGAGUUGUUUCCCUUAAAACAUACCUGUUGUCCACACUUCAGAAUCAGUACACAUUUUCGGUGCUGGCCACAGAUCAACGCAUUCCCGAACGAACUACCACAGCAGAGGUCAGAAUUAACAUUAUAAGAGAUCGAUUCCCACCCACCUUUUUGAAUGAGCCGUAUGGAACAUCAGUGUCUGAGAACACGGUGAAUGGUACAUCUGUCUACAGAGUAACAGCCACAGAUCAAGAUCUCAGGGGACAGAUAAAUUAUGAAGUGAUUGGCAACAGUGUGGCUCCUGCAUUCUUUGUGGUUAAUCGAUUGAACGGUAUUGUCACUGUCUUUGAUGCUGCAAGCUUGAAGGUGGACCCUGGGCUUCAAUACACUCUGCGAGUAAUUGCCUAUGACUCUGUCUACCCAUCAAACCGUGACACUGCCGAUGUCACUAUCAGCGUGACAAGGAAUGAGAGAGGACCAAUCUUCUCCUUGCCAUCCUAUACCCAGACCAUUGCUGAUACCUUCUCCCUGGGUCAGAUGAUCUUACAGGUCACCGCUACAGAUGCUGAUAACGAUAUUGUCAAAUAUGAAAUAACUGGUGGUUCAAGAGCCCUGGAAUUCUAUUACAUCAACCCUGAUACUGGAGCCAUUUCUCUGAAAAAGCCACUUACAGAAGGAACCCAGAGCCAGGACUCGCUUAACCUGAGGGCAAGAGAUCAGAGGAAUCCUGAGAGAUUUGGAAACGCCAUUGCUGUUAUAAGCAUUCUGAGAAAUCAAUUUGCACCAGUUUUCUUAAACCAGCCUUACCUAACCUCCGUGCAGAGAAACACUGCUGUGAAUGCAUCAGUUCUGCAGACCACUGCAACGGACAGUGACUUGAGAGGAGAUAUUAGAUACCAAAUAACUGGCAAUUAUCCAGCUCCCACUUUCUUUGAUGUCAAUCCUGUGACCGGUAUGAUUUCCCUGACGAGAUCCGUAGCGCUGGAUGGUCUUCUGACCAACACCUACUUUGUUAGGCUCAUUGCCUAUGACACGGUGUAUCCUAAUAUCCAAGCCACGGCAACAGCCACCAUCAACGUCAAUAGGAAUCCAAAUCCACCCAUCUUCAAUCCCAGCACUUACAGAGUGACCAUAACGGAGAACCACGCGUUAGGUAGUGCUGUUGUGGAUGUCAAUGCAACUGAUGCUGAUCUGGAUGUCCUAUCCUAUUCCAUCAUUGGAGAUGCUAAUGAUUUCAGUUAUUUCUACAUCAAUCCCGAGUCUGGGCUGAUUUCUUUGAAGCGCACACUUACAGAGGCAGUUGGAAACCAAUUUGAUUUCAAUACCAUCGCUCGAGAUCAGAGUAAUCCCGAAAGAACUGCCACUGCAUAUGUUGUCAUUGACAUUUUGCGAGACUCAUCUCCACCUGUUUUUAUCCAAGAGCCAUAUAUUGUGAGAAAUUUACCCGAGACGAGGGCUGUAGGAACUAAUAUUUACACCGUCACUGCUCAAGACAGUGAUCUGAAGGGAGAGAUUGUGUAUGGUGUCAUCGGAGACCUUCAGACCCCCUUCUAUUUUGAUGUCAACUCCAGAACUGGAAUUGUUACCAUCAAGAACAGCUUGGUCCAGGAUAACGCUCAGACCUACAUUUUGAGGGUUACAGCCUACGACAGUCUGUCUACAUCUAGAGUGGCCACUUCAACAGUGUCGAUCAAUGUCAUCAAGAACCCCAGCGGUCCCGUCUUCACUCUGCCAUCUUAUGAAGUCACCAUCCCAGAAACCCAGUCCCUGGGUUCGACUGUCGUCAACGUCACCGCCAUUGAUGCUGAUGGGGACAAUGUGAGAUAUUCCUUGUUGGAUAAUUUGAAUGGAAACAAUCCACUAGCAUACUUCUUCAUCAUCUCUGACACUGGGUUAAUCUACCUGUCUCAGCCAUUGACAAACAAUCUGAAUCAAAUCGACAGGUAUCAGAUGACUGCUUUUGCCACUGACCAGAGGACCAAUCCUAGGACUGCUUCUGCUAGAGUAACGGUGAAUGUGUUGAGGAAUCGCUUCAGACCCGUCUUCGUCAAUGCACCGUAUGCAUUCAGUCACUCGGAGAACAACGCUGUGGGCAGUAGUCAGUACCGCGUGUCUGCCGUAGACAGUGACUUGGUGGGCAGAAUCAAUUACGAUGUUAUUGGAGAUGGAAUCGCACCGUAUUACUACUCCGUGAAUUCCCAGACUGGAGAAAUCACCAUCAGAAAUGCGCUAACCACGGAUAGACUCAAUGUUAACUACGUUCUGAGAGUGCGAGCCUAUGACACAGCUUACCUCUCCGAGACGGCCACAGCCACAGUCAAUAUUGUAGUGUCAAGGAAUGAAAACGCCCCAGUCUUCAGCCGGAAUCCUUACCGAAUUACCAUUAAUGAAACGGUUGGAGUGGGCACCUGUAUCUUGGAUGUGGAUGCUGUAGAUGCUGACGGGGACCGUGUGGUAUACAGCUCUAAUGGAGACAAUACAACACUGUUUUACUUCUACAUCUCAGUCGACACGGGUCUCAUCUGUGUACGUCAGCCUCUGUUUGGACCAUCUCAGACGGAGUACAGGUUAAGAAUGAUUGCCAGUGACCAGUCCACCCCGGAGAGGUUCGGUGCUGCUGAUGCUUUCAUCACCGUCAUCAGGGACCAAGGACCGCCCUUCUUCAUUAACCAGCCAUAUCAGACUACCAUUAAUGAACUGGAUGCUGUGGGUCGUCAAACAUUUGUUGUAACAGCAAGGGAUAAUGAUUUAAUUGGAUCUAUCAGAUACGAGAUGGUCGGAGAUUAUCCCACACAGAGCUUCUUCAGGGUUGAUCCAUUCACGGGAAAUAUUACCAAUAUAGUCAGUCUGAAGAGUGACAACUUAAGAUCCCAACAAUAUAUUGCCCGAAUAAAAGCUUACGAUACUGCCAGACCUACCGCUAGUGCAGUGGCUACUGUCAAUAUCUUUGUUAUCCGUAACCCGAACUCACCCCAGUUCCAGCUGCCAUCUUACUCCACUACAAUAAAUGAGAAUCAGGCCAUUGGACAGUUUAUCCUGAAUGUUACAGCCGUUGAUGCGGAUGUCCAGGACACCAUUUCCUAUUCUAUCAUCAGCCAGCAGUCUUCUCCCUUCAGCACAAAUAAACUUUACUUCUACAUUGAUCAGCUCAGUGGAAAUAUCUGGCUGAGAGAGUCAUUGCUCUCGACUUCCUUCAGUCAGUUUGUGCUGCAACUGCGAGCUUGUGAUGAUGGCUUUCCUCAGAGAUGUGCCAACAGCACAGCAUUUAUCACCGUUAACAGAAACCAGUUCCCACCAGUCUUCAUUAAUACCCCAUACUACCAGAGAAUCGAAGAGGACAGAACUGUGGGCAGCAGUGUCCUCUCCGUUACUGCCACUGACCAGGACUUGAUCGGAACCAUUGUGUAUAAGGUGGUGCUGCCAGGAUCUCCCUAUUUCAUCGUGGAUCCAGCUUCUGGUGUGGUGUCAUUGGAAUCAUCAGUGAAAUUGGACACCACAAUACAAUACACGUUCCAAGUAGCAGCCUACGACAGCCAAGACCCCACCCGUAGAACCACCAGUCAAGUGACAGUGGAAGUCACUAGGAAUCCCAGCAGACCAAACUUCCUCAGUGCCCAGUAUGAAACGACUAUUGCAGAAACCUACCCACUGGGAGAGGGUGUCAUCAACGCCACAGCUGUGGAUCAAGAUGGGGAUCGCCUGAGGUACACCAUUCUAACGGAUGAUAUUUCCAAACAAUACUUCUACAUCAAUCCCGAUACCGGAGUUAUAUCUCUCAGAAGAGUACUGACAGACAGCAACAUAGGCAGAUUCACAAUGACCCUCCAAGCCUCAGAUCAGCGUGUACCCGAGGGAGUGGCUACCAUUCAAGCCUUUGUGAACAUUCGUCGAGACAACCAGCCACCCUUCUUUAUUAACUCUCCCUAUGGUAGAGCAAUCCGUGAGAAUCAGGUCACCAACGCCACCAUUCUGACGGUCACUGCCAGAGACUCCGACUUGGUGGGUUCCAUCAGGUACGAGUCCAUUGGCAUCUUCCCGGCCCAGUCCUUCUUUGAGGUGAACAGCGUUUCAGGAACAGUCAAUAUUAUUCGUUCUGUGAGAGAUGAUGUCAUUCUGAGAUCUUCGUACACUCUGCGGGUGAUUGCCUACGACACGGCGUACCCAACCAAUCGUGCCACAUCGGACGUAAUCAUCAGUGUUACAAGGGAUGAAUUUGGUCCCGUCUUCACGCCCUCAGCAACAUACGAAAUUACUAUUCCCGAGACCACCAGUAUCGGUAGUCAGGUGAUCACCGUGCUUGCCGUGGACCAGGAUGCUAACGACAUAAUUACGUAUCAGCUGAUCAACUCGACCUCUAAUGGAACGGAGUACUUCUAUCUGGAUAGGGACACUGGUGUCAUUACACUGAGGAGAAGUCUAGUGGGAACCAUAAUCAAUGUCUACACAUUGACGGUCCGUGCUGCAGACAACAGAAUUCGUUCUGCUUUCGCAACUGUUCGUGUCUUUAUUACAAGACAAAUCAACCAGCCACCAGUCUUUGUCAAUACACCAUAUGAAACUUCCAUGGAGUACAACCGUCAGAUCAACUCCACGGUCUACACCGUGACAGCAGUUGAUUCUGAUUUACAGGGUUCAAUUCGAUACGAAGUGAUUGGUUACUUCCCAGCCACGGAGUACUUCACUUUGAAUGUGUUUAACGGACGCAUCACUCUGAUCAGAUCUGUGGCUAAUGACCAGUACACCUCUCUACUCUAUGUGAUGCGAAUUGCUGCCUAUGACACCUUAGAUCCAACUCGUAGAACUGAGGCUAAUGUUCUCAUCAACAUAAUCCGUAAUCCAAGUGCUCCAAUCUUCCGUGAGCAAUCGUACUUCAUAACCGUCCAAGAAUCGGUAAGCCUGGGAACCAACAUUCGGACAAUCACUGCCACUGAUGCUGAUGGAGACACUGUUUCUUAUGAAGUACUUAACCAGAAUACAGCAGGCUUUAAUUAUGCUCAGGAUUACAUCUUCCUGACCUCAUUCUCUGGUGACAUAAUCGUAAAAAAAUCUUUUGUCGGAAUCGGAACAAGUCAGUUCACUUUCACCGCCAGAGCAAGAGAUCGUAAAUAUCCAGAGAGAUUUGGAACUGCUUCCGUCACCAUCUCCAUUGUGAGAGAUCAGUUCACACCACAAUGUCAGAACGCUAAUGCAGUAACCACUAUAACAGAAACAAGAGGUGUCAACGAGACCUUCCCAUUCUACACGGUGGGCGUGAGUGACGGAGAUCUUAAGGGAAGUAUGGUUUACCGAGUCGUUGGAGAUGGUGCAGCAUUGGCAUAUUUUGGAUACAUUGACACAAAUGGUGGAUUGUAUGUAACCAGAAACCUGAAAUUGGACAGUCUUACUCAAUACUCUCUUCGUGUUGAGGCUUAUGACUCUGCCUAUCCAAGCAAUCCCACAGUGUGUAGAGUCACCAUCAACGUUAUCCGUAAUCCGAGCUCGCCUAUAUUCAUUGGAAACUAUGAAACCACCAUCAAUGAGAAUUAUCCUCUUGGAGAUGUCAUUCUGACUGUAACAGCCAGAGAUGCUGAUCUGGACACUGUGACCUAUAGAAUUGUGGCACAGGACGCCAAUAACUACUUCUACAUUGCUCCCGAGUCCGGAGGAAUCUAUCUCCGCAAGAGUAUUGUGUUGUCCAACACCAUCAACAACAGAUACGUGAUGACAGUUCAAGCUUCAGACAACCGCCUACAGCCCAGACUGACCAAUGCCACAGUUAUUAUCAAUGUUGUGAGGGGCCAACCACCAUUCUUCUUCAAUACACCAUACUCGACCUCUGUUAAUGAACGGGUGGCUAUCGGAACUUCAGUGUACAGAGUCACAGCACAGGACAGUGAUCUUAUUGGAAGUAUACAGUAUAACCUGAUUGGAGAUAUCCCUGGCUCCAGCUAUUUCCGUGUGAAUGCUUCUACAGGAAUAGUGAAUGUUGCCGUCAAUCUCCGCCAGGACAGUACACAAUUUUACCAGUUGAGAGUGACAGCAUUUGACACGGCUGUCCAGUCACAAGUCGCUGAGGCACUGGUCAGUAUUAAUAUGAUCAGGAACGAGAAUCCACCCAUCUUUGUCAAUGAGCCAUACACAACCACUGUACCAGAGAGUCUUGGGCUGGGAUCCAGUGUGUACAAAAUAUCAGCAACUGAUGCGGAUAAUGAUGUUCUGAGAUACAGCAUAGUGGGAGUGACAUUUGCGAACCAACAAAUCUUCAACAACACCCUACUUGACUACUUCUACAUCAACCCAGACUCCGGAAUUAUCUUCCUCACCAAGUCAUUCACUAACCUGGGAUUCUCCAAUCUGAAUCAGAUACAGAUAACGGUGCGCGUCACGGAUCAGCGAGUGACCCAGGAGAGGAUCGAUACGUCCACUGUGGUGGUCAAUAUCCAGAGAGAUCAGUUCCCCCCCGUCUUCCAGAACACACCCUACGGUACCUCCAUUGGUGAUGGUCAGGCCAUUAACUCCACCAUUUACACAGUAUCUGCAGUAGAUGCUGAUCUCAGGGGAAGAAUAGCAUACGAGACUGUUGGUGUAUACCCUGCGCAGACGUUCUUUGCUGUUGGUAAUGUAGAUGGGCGUGUGACCGUGAUUGAUAACCUGAUGAAUGACGGAUUCUACAGGUCAUCAUACACUCUGAGAGUAAUUGCAUACGACACCCUAUCUCCUGUCCUCCGAGCCACAGCUGAUGUUUUGAUCACCGUUGCCAGAAAUGUCAAUCCACCCCUCUUUGAUCAGCAACAGUACCAGCAAACCAUACCAGAGACAUUUGCCUUUGGCAGAGGAGUGCUUAAUGUCCGAGCUACAGACAGAGACAAUGAUGCUAUCACCUACUCCAUCAUUGGAGAUAAUCAAAAUGGUGUCUCCUUGUCUUACUACUUUAUUGAGCCAACAAAUGGAACAAUUUACCUACGACAAUCGCUGGAGAAUACAAAUAUCAACCAGUUCACUUUCACUGUGCAAGCGACAGACAAUGGACGACCUAGCCGUUCCACCACUGCACAAGUGAUUGUAUUUGUGACUAGGAAUCAGUUUAGGCCAACCUUUAUCCAAACUCCCUAUGUCACCAGUGUACAGGAAAAUACUAACAAUGGCUCUUUGAUUUACACUGUGACAGCUGUAGAUCAAGAUUUGCAAGGCAGGAUUGUCUACCAAGUUACCGGGACGCUCUCCGCUCCCAGCUUCUUCAGGCUGGACCAGAAUGGACGAGUUUACACCAAUGGAAAUCUGAGGACCGAUGUGUCGCUCACCUAUGUGCUCCGAGUUUUGGCUUAUGACAGUGCUGUACCAUCUCAGACAACCACUGCCGAUCUCACAAUCAAUGUACUCAGAAACAUCAACCCACCAGUCUUCUCUCAAGACACUUAUACAGCUCGUGUCAAUGAGGCCACAAGCAUUGGUUCCAGAUUAAUUGAUACCACGGCUACUGACUUGGAUAACGACCGCUUGACUUACUCCUUGACAAACACGGAACAAAGAUGCAUCGACAUGUUCUUCAUCGACACGGCCAAUGGUGAUAUUUUCCUCAAGAGGUCCUUCCUAGACAUUUCUGAUGUUACAUUCACCUGUACUGUACAAGUGACAGACAAUGGCUAUCCCAACCCACAAGGGGACACAUCUACAGUUAUCAUUACCAUUAACCGUGAUCUGAACGUCCCGGUGUUUACCAGCAACGCGCGGUAUGCCGUGACUAUUGAUGAGACUACCAACAUUGCUGCUUCCAUUCUUAAUGUGCAGGCUACCAGAUUAAAUCUAGUGGGCCGUAUUUACUAUGAAUCAGUGGGAGACUAUCCUGCCCAAAGUUUCUUCCGAGUACAGAACACGAGUGGUGCCAUUAACGUGAUUCAAGAUCUACGUCAAGACAACCUACGUCUCAAUUCUUACUUGUUGCGAGUAGUCGCAUAUGACACUGGUGUAUCUCGUUUGAGGGCUACAGCUGAAUGUUUCAUUACUGUUCGAAGAAAUCUCAAUAGCCCUAUCUUUAACCCCGCAACUUACGAGGUGACAAUCCAAGAGGAUCUGGCCGUCAACACCUACAUCCAGAAGCUGAAUGUUUCGGAUUCAGAUGGAAACAAAGUCACCUGCUCCAUGACUGGAGACCAGAAAGCUCUGGGUUACUUCAGUGUAGAUUCCCAAACCUGUUUUGUCAGAGUGAACAGACUUCUGACCUCAGACACAACCAGGGACAUCAGAUACACUGUGACGGUGACAGCCACUGACAACGUGAACCCCAACCCUCAGUUUGCCACAGCCACUGUCUUUGUCAAUGUCCUCAGAGACCGCUUCUCUCCUCAAUUCUCCAACCUUCCCACCGUGAUUUCAGUCCAGGAAUCUGUCGGCAUCAACGCCUCCGUAUUCACUGCCACAGCCACAGAUCAAGACCUGAAGGGAGCCAUUGUAUAUCAAAUGAUUGGAAUGUUCCCAGCACAGAGUUUCUUUGAUGUCAAUCCCAGCUCAGGACGAGUGUUCCUCAGGAAUGGACUCUUGUCCGAUAGUCUGCAGACCUCAUCAUAUGUGGUCCGACUGCAAGCUUAUGAUUCAGUUUAUCCCAGCAACAGAGCCCAGGCUGACCUGACAAUUACAGUGACCAGGAACCAGUUUGGACCUGUCUUCAAUCCAGGCAGAUAUGAAAUUUCCAUCUCGGAAACUUUCCCUCUGGGCAAUGAAGUGCUUGUUGUCACUGCUACAGAUUCAGAUGGGGAUCAAGUCAUUUUCUCACAUCUUGGAUCUGCCAAUGACCAGGCCUACUUCUACCUCAAUCCAGAGACAGGAAGAAUUACUUUAAGACAGUUGUUAAGUGGAAUUGCACAAAACCAGUUCACAUUCGGAGUGAGAGCAACAGACAACCGCCCGGCCUCCGUCGCACGUACAACUGAAGCUACCGUCGUAAUCAGCAUCAUUAGAGACUCGGGACCUCCACAGUUCAUCAGCACCCCCUACAUCUCCUCAGUACCCAUCAACCAGGCAGUCAAUACCUCCUUCUUCAAUGUUCAGGCCAUCGACAAUGAUCUUAGAGGAGCGAUUCGGUACAGGCUGGAUGGUUACAGCCCAGGCACACAAUAUUUCUUCCUGGACCAAGCUACUGGUGCUAUUUAUGUCAGACAACCUCUGACACAAAUCUCAGGACUAAACAUUUUCACCACAUUCACCCUUUUGGUAACUGCCUACGAUACCGGUGUUCCUGAAAUCACCACAUCAGCCAUAGUGACCAUCACUAUCACGCGUAACCUGAAUGCUCCAGUUUUCUCAGCCCGUCGAUACGAAGACACCGUCUACGACUACACUGGAGUGGGAAGCAAUGUCUUACAGAUCACGGCUACUGAUGCUGAUGUGACAAGUCCCGAGAAUUCCGUCAUCUAUGACCUACAGGAUAACUCUGGAUUCUUCACCAUUCAUCCAUUCAAUGGGAUGAUCACCAUCGACAGGAGACUUACAGAAGACACCUCGAGGAGGACAGUCUAUGUAUUUGGUGCUACAGCAUCCGACCAAGGAAGCCCCAGCCGAAUUGGAACUGCCACAGUCACUGUCAAUGUAAUCCGUAACACUGGACAGCCGACUUUUGUUACCUCCAUUAACUAUGACGUCACGGUCACAGAGAGUACUUCUGUACUUGCCACCCUGUUACAAGUGAGAGCUGUGGACAGUGAUGAUGCCAGCACACCCAAUGGACAGAUCCGCUACAGCAUCGUGGGACCAGCCAAUGCUUUGUCUUACUUCACUAUCGAACCUGUCUCUGGUAACAUUACAUCCAGGUUGUCUCUUGUCAGUGUGCCUGAGGAUAUUUACACUUUCACAGUGCAGGCCACAGACAUGGGUAUUCCAGCAUUGUCCAGUCAGAUUUCUGUCACCAUCCGAAUCCAACGCCUGGGUCUGCCUUCAUUUGACCAGGAUGAGUACACUGUGACCUUCAAUGAGGACUAUGCUGUUGGCAACAACAUCGUACAGCUCCAGGCUACUGAUCCCCUUAACACACGGCUGCAAUAUGACAUCACUGGUGAAACAAACUCGCUGAUUAUGUUCAGGAUCAACUCAGCAACAGGACAGAUCACCCUGGCACAGUCUUUCCGAUCAGACCCAGCCAGCUCUUUCUUGAUUCGUGUUGAAGCUUUUAGAACAAACGACCCCACAAAGAGAGCAUCGACCAAAGUGAGGGUGUUUGUUACUAGGAAUACAGGGGCACCUGCCUUCAUCCACGGAAACCUGGAAGUCACUAUUCUGGAGGACCAAGCUCUGGCUGUGGGAAUUUCUGAUGUCAAUGCAACAGAUCCAGAUACUGGAGAAAAUGGUCGCAUCACCUAUGUAUUACGAGGAGCUGAUUCAGUGCCCUCAUACUCGGAUGUCUAUUUCUACGUCAAUCCAAUCAGUGGGGUGUUGUACGUCACCAAGCGGCUCUCGGAAGAUACACAGCGUCCCGCCAGAUAUGUUCUUUCCAUCACAGCCUAUGACAAUGGCGUUCCCCAACUUACUGGACUGGUCACUGUCACUGUUAAUGUUAUUCGUAAUCGCAAUGGACCAGUUUUCUCCGGCAGCGUAUAUGAAACCACUAUUGAUGAAUCAACAUCAGUUGGCUCCAGUAUUAUUCAAGUCCAAGCCACAGAUGGUGAUGGAGACCAGGUACGCUACAGCAUCAUCAGUGGAAUUCCAGGAUCUCUGUACUACAGGAUAGAUGAAGUCUCUGGUGUCAUUUCAGUGUCCUCAGCCUUAACUCAAACCGGGCAGGAACAGUUUGUGAUGACGGUACAAGCCAGAGAUGUGCCAAGCCAGAUAGCAUCCUCCAGAUUUGCAACAAUCCAAGUAACAAUCAAUGUCCGUCGUAACCCCAAUGCUCCAGUUUUCCUACAGAGUCUGUACAACCUUACUAUCUCAGAGUAUGUCAAUGUUCAGGACCUGAUUGUCACCGUCUCUGCAACAGAUGCCGACUCGGUCCUCAGCGACAGUGGAAGACUGCGGUACAGAAUCAUCCAGUCUAGCUACACUCCACCCAAUCAGUUUGCUCAGUUUGUGGUCAGCGAGUCAUCUGGCGGAAUCUAUCUAAGUCAGCCCCUGACCAGAGACGGUGUACCAAACUCCUUCCAGCUGAUUGUCCAGGCCAGAGACUCGGCAGCUAAUCCUAAGUCUGCCACUGCCACUGUGUCGAUUUUCGUGGUCAGAAACAUCCACAGACCAAUAUUUAGCCCCAACAACUACACUGCUCAGAUCUAUGAUGCUUCAGCCAUUGGUACCUCGUUGUUUACAGUGACUGCUACCGAUGCUGAUAGGACGGUUCCUUUCAACAGAGAUACAGAUAAUGCUGAAUUUGACUACACAAUGGAUAAAGACUUUGCUGAUGUGAACCAGUUCUUUGACGUCACAAAAGAUGGAAAAGUUUAUGUGAGAAAAUCUCUACUCAAUGCUGAUGGCCGAACCGUCUUCCACUUCCGCGUGGUAGCCUAUGACCGCAGUUGGCAAGCACUGGUCGGAAAAGCUGAUUGUUACGUAACUGUGAUUUACUCCAACACCGGACAGAGAGGAGUAGGCUUUACUCUAGGACUGUACAAUACCACUGUUUUUGAGAAUAGUCCUCUGCAGACCAACCUUCUCACCGCACAAGUGGAGAACCAUGACCCAGAUACCAACCUUGUGUGCUACAUCAUUUCCGUUUCUCCGUCAACGACAUUAAGUUUGAUUAGCAUAUCGGUGGUUAAUAAUGCUUGUCAGUUACGGGUGAGUGGGACCAUCGACAGAGAAACCAGUGGACAAUACAUUAUAGUCAUUGGAGUGAGAGAGGAGGCCAGAAGGACAAAACGUCAGGCCACAAAUCAACAGGCACCAUACGUAUUCAACACCUUCCAGAAUGCUACAGUGAUCUUAACAGUGUUGGAUAGGAAUGAUAACGCCCCGCAGUUCUCCUACCCAAGUUAUCCUCCGCAGCUGCUCAAUAGGAAUUUCUAUGUUGGAGCAAUCUCAAUCAAUGCCCCAGCCGGAAGCAGUGUGCUAUCUGUACAGGCCUCGGAUCCAGAUGCCAGUCUUAACGGCCAAGUUACCUAUGAAAUUUUGGAUACUUCUGUUCCAUUUGGCUUGAAUUCAUCCACUGGAGGCAUCUUUACAUUCCUUGAAUUUUUCCGUACUUCAAAUGCUGACCUCAAUCCUUACACCUUCCAAGUGCGAGCGUCGGACAGGGCAAGUGCUCUAGAGAAACAGGCCACAGAAACCACAGUCUACAUUGAUCUGAUUGAGGACAAGAACAGAUUCGUCUUGGAAUUGAAUCUUUUGCCACGUGAAGUAGUCAGAACCAUUGAAACCACUAGACGAGAAAUCCAGAAUGCCACACAGAAAAUUGUCAUCAUUGAGUCUAUUCAGGCCAGACGUAUAUUACAGAAUGGACAGCUUAGCUAUGAUGAGAGAUACUCUGAUGUCACUUUUGUGGUAGCUGAUCCAAAUCUUGGAUAUAAUCUAGUGGAAAAUACUCAGUUGAAUCUGGUCGGAGCAUCAACAUCCAGUGGAACACUGGGGCAGAUUAACAAUGCCCUCAGUCGCAAUGUAGAACUUGUCCGAGCUCCAUUCAGCAUCAGUAGUAUCCAGAGUGUUGCCUCUGGUCUCCAGGACCGCGGCAAUAUCGUACGUGUGAUGACCAAGUCCUACACCUGGUGGCAGGACGAUCCCUGGGUCGCAUUCGUCGCUCUAUCUGCCAUAGUCAUACUAUUGGCAUUGGUUGGACUCAUCAUUCUCUUCUACUCCUGGUCAAGAUACAACAACUACUUGGCAAGCUACAGAGUUUACAGGAGAAAUUACGAACACCAACCUGACUUUACCAAUCCUCCCAGCUUCCUGAAAGAAUACGAAACACAGAGUUUAAACAUGUAUGUUCCCCCUGAUGAGACUGUCCAAGACUUAGGGGAAAUUAACAUGAGUUUUGACCGUGAAGCGUCCAGUCGCAGCCAAGCUGGGGUCAGGGUGGUAGCUCGCAAAAAUCCUGUGUACGACAACCGCGAGCAAAUUAGACUUGUCACCAGUUUACAAGACACCAGAACCAAUCUAUAACCAACUAUACAUUGUUAACCAAUCAAAAGACUCUUUUUAACUAGAUUUUACAAUAUUAUCAAAUUUUUUCUAUAUUUACCACUAAACAAAGUUUUGUACUUUUGUAAUAAAACCAUACAGAAUAA